AUGUAUGAAUUAACGAGUGAUUUGCAGAAUUAUAAAUUGAAUCAUAAUUUGGACAACAAAAACAAAAAAUCAAUCUAUUACUACAACGAACCAGUUAAUAAGCACAUAUUUAGAUCUAGUGGCCAAGCGAAUUGCCAGUCAACCAGUCGUGAAUUUAAGUGUUCAAUUUGUGAUCAGCAGUUUAGCAGAAAUUACGACCUGAAGAGACAUCAAAAUAUCCAUCUGUUGAUUAAAUCUUAUACUUGCAAUUGCGGCAAAACAUUUUCUAGAAAAGACGCUUUAAAGAGACAUUUACUCAUUAAAGGAUGUUAA